UCGUAGUUGUGUUGCGGGACGCAUUGUACGUGUAACACACAUUCAUUCGAUCAUUAACCACUGUAGCGACAUGCUCUCGUAUAUAAAGUGAUAAAACUGGCUAAAACCUCACACCGGGGCUCGCCUUCGACGCAACACACGUGCGUCAGAACAUUAGCGUGCUUCGAUUUGAUUCCGAUGGACAAGUGAUAUCCGAAAUUUCGAAAUCUGACAGUUUUUCAAUUCCGCACCUCGUCGAACGGUCGAAAAUGUCACCACCUUACCCCACGUAACACGUCCACCUUCCGGAAAUACCGUACAAAAUUUGUUGGAAACUUCAACUUCUGGAUACUGACUGGUCGGACCCUCGAUACCGCCAAAUUCGACGAAUGUUCAAAAUUUGAACCUCUGUGUUUGUUCUCCUCUUCAACGAUUCGCGACGACCGUUGGCGAAGGCGUUUUGUUUUUUUUUCAAGAACAUUCCACCAGGAAUAUUUUGAACCGAAGUUACCACAUUUCGACAGUUACGAUGUUAUCGUUCGGCAUUCUUUUCACCGGUUUACUCGCUUCGAGUUCAUCUUACAUACUGACGCCGAUUCUUCCCGACUCGUUCGAAGACACUUCCUUCUGGAUGAAAUCCGGCCAAGAGAAUCUUCGGAGGGUGUUGUCGCAGCGCGACAACGUGAACCAGGCGAGAAACAUAAUAAUUUUCAUCGGCGACGGUAUGGGGAUGGCGUCCGUUACCGCCGGUAGGAUAUUCCAAGGUCAGCGGAAAGGUGGCUACGGCGAGGAGUACAGAUUGAAUUUCGAACAAUUCCCCAACACCGGAUUGUCGAAGACCUACAACGUCAACAAGCAAGUACCGGACUCGGCGGCAACGGCUACGGCGAUGUUCUCCGGCGUGAAGUGCAACUACAAGGUGGUCGGACUCGAUUCCCGUUCAAAAUUCGAACGUUGCGACAAAACCGUCAACAAAUUGAGCAGACUGUCGAGCAUCGCGGAGUGGGCCCAGGCCGCCGGCAAAGACACAGGAUUCGUGACGACGACGCGUGUCACUCACGCAACGCCAGCCGCUCUUUACGCGCAUUCCAACAGCAGGGACUGGGAGUGCGACACGGAAAUACCGAACGAUCAGAAAAUUUGCGCCAAAGAUAUCGCCAGGCAGUUGAUAGAGGACGCACCCGGAAGUAACUUCAAGGUGAUCAUGGGUGGCGGCGCUCAGCCUAUGGGUGUCGUCGAUCAGCAAAUAGACGAAGACCUUUGCGUUAGAAACGAUCGUUUGAAUUUGACAAACAUAUGGCAAAAGAAGAAUCCCCGCGGUAAGUUCGUCGCCAAUACCGGCGAACUGAUGUCCGUCGAUGUCGGUAGCGCUUCGAAACUUCUCGGUAUAUUCGCACCGAACCAUUUGCCGUUUCACGCCGUUCGCGAGACCAGCGAUCAGGGGACACCUUCUCUGGCUAACAUGACUUUGCAGGCUAUCAGGAUGCUCAGGCGUAACAAAAACGGAUUCCUUCUGAUGGUGGAGAGCGGUAGGAUAGACAUGGCGCACCAUCAGAAUCACGUGAAACUCGCGCUCCGCGAAGUCGGGGCGUUGGAGGACGCCGUCCAAGUGGCUCUGGAGCAAGUGAACGUCGAUGAAACGCUGGUCGUUGUAACGGCCGAUCACUCCCACGCCUUCGUGAUGAACGGCUACCCCGAUCGGGGUAACGACAUCCUCGGCUUCGCCGUCGACAAGGACGCUCCGCCGUACGAGACACUCUCCUAUUCGAACGGUCCGGGUUACCUUUAUCACCGCGUCAACGAGACCUCCGUACAACCGUCGAAUCAGACCUGGAGGUCCGUCGUCGACGAUCCCAACAGGGACGAGCCCUUCUACAUGAGCUUCGCCGGCAAAUACCUGAAGGACGAGACCCACGGCGGCGAGGACGUUCCCGUUUACGCUAUCGGUCCCUAUUCUCAUCUGUUUCGCGGUACUUUCGAGCAGAACUACAUCGCUCACGCUCUGGCCUACGCCGGAUGCCUGCAAAACUGGCCCUCCCAUUGCGACAACUCGUAUCAUCGAGGUGGUAGUUCGUACGCGAGCAACGCCGGGGCGCUGCGUCCGUCGUACACGUUUUCGACGUCGGUCGCACUACUGCUCCUAAUCGUCGUCGCUGCGGUCGGUAACAAUUUUCAGAUGCAACGCUGACCCCCGCGACGCGGCAUAGUCGAUUGUAAAUAUAUGUAUACAUAAUUUUUAUCAUUUCUGACUCGGACGUACGUACGUGCGAAUCGUCCGACAGCUUCCAUCGUCGUGUGAUGUCGUCGUCGUCGUCGGAGUAUCGAGUGUAGCGGAGGCGGAUAUGUAUGGAUGAUCUUAAUUUUUGUUUUUUUUUUUUCAAAAAUUAAUCCUAACCACGCAUGGAAAAAUCGAAACGGAGCAAAGGUUGUGUAAAUAAUAAACGAGCCGUGGUUAUACACGUGCACGAACAAG